AUGAAGUUCUUUGCCGUGAUUUUGAUGACCACUCUUGUGUGCUUCAUACAUGCAAGUAAGGUCGACGAAUCAUGCAGUAGCCAUAAAGAAUGUGGACAAAUGGACUUAGGAUGUUUUGACGGAAAGUGCCAAUGGAUCCAGAACUACUUGUCCAAUAAAGAUGUCAGCGGUUCCUACCACGCCAAAAAUUUGGGUGAUCCCUGUACUACGUAUCAACACUGUAGCCGUGUACCUACUGAUGCUGACAAUGAAAUAAUCUGCUACAGUAUGGCAUGCAUUUCACGAAAGAAAAGAGAGUAA